GGAAAUAAUUGCCUGCAUCUGGCGUUAAAAAAGAGAAAACAACUUUCAUUCUGAGGUGGAGCACAUGACCAUGUUAGAUCAGUACUUAAAAGAUCUGAAACUGGGAAAGAAAGAAAGGUACUCUGAUGUGGUAGUUGCUUGCUACCUAGCCCACCACGGGGCCAACUUUUACUGUAAAAACAAAAGUGGUAGAACACCAUUGGACCUAAUAGAAAAGGAAAAUUUUAAAAAGACGUUAAAUAUGUUAUUCCCACCAACGCACCAUGGUGGAGGAAGACGCAUGGACCAGGCACUGAAGGGACCAAUCAGAUGUGUGUUUUGUGAAGACGAAGUGGCCACAGAGACGUUCUUUCCAUGUAGACAUCUUUCGCUGUGUAAGAAAUGCUGUCUCCCAAAGAUACCUAAACGAUGCCCUAUGUGUAGACAGAAUAUAACGAGCAAAAAUAGUUUGGUUGGUCCAAAUUCGUCAAAGAUGGAAGUCCAGAUGGUGGCAGGACCAGUUGGGAGUCCACAGCUGAAGGAGAAGGAUCUUCUGAGAGUGGCUAAGAGGUUAGGAAGAGAUUGGUGGCAAGUAGCAAUUUUUUUAGGAGUUGAUACAACUAAACUGAAAAUUGAUGAUGAGUCUAUUGACGCUGUAAAACAAGGCUACCUGAUGCUUUACGAAUGGUACAGGAAUUGCGACCCAGAAACACGGACACACGCAACAUUACGUGCAGCUCUUGAAGAAGCUGAAUGUGUCGCUGCGAUGGAAUGUCUGUCAUUAGACGCAAAGUGAAUUCUGUGUAACUGUUGUUGUUUAGCCUCAGAUUAACCUUGACCAAACAGAGACUUAUGAUCAAACGCAUUCCAGCCAAGACCAUCAUGCCUAUUUCCAAAGAGAACCCACAACCACAUUGUCCAAUAUGCCCUUCUGUACAGUGGUAUCGUGUGAAUUUAGCUACCAAUUCUAGCAGGUAUAUCAACCACAUAGUGAUCCCUUCACUGGUUUGGCUCCUUUGUUAAAAAUUCACAUUUAAAAUAAAGACAAACUUUGAAAUGUUCA